AUGUCUUGGACUUUAAUUUUCUGUGUACAUAACAAUAUAUUCCAUAUGCACAAUAUUAUAAUUAUUAGCAUGAGUUUCAUAAUUCUUUGUACUAUGAUAUUUUUCUUAGAUUUAACAUAUGCUUACUCUAAUUCCAAUUUGAUCAAAAGAAAGGCUAUUUUUGUUCAUGAAAAGCUUUAUUCCUAUGGUGGCCACCAAAAACAUCAUCACAAUUCUCUUGAUAGAUCAAAUGAUACACAAGUAAAUACAGAUUUCAAGUCAUGGAACUUGAGACCUGCACAUGAACGUCAUCAUCAUCGACUUCGAGUUGUACAUGGGGUUGUAAACAUUUUUGGAUGGGGAAUCCUCUUGCCUAUAGGUGUAAUAAUUGCAAGAUAUUACAAGAGACAUCCAUUAGAAUGUGAAGAAUGGUAUUCUCUUCAUGUUGUUUCAAAGGUAGCAGGGUUCAUUUUGGGCACAAUUGGAUGGGGUCUUGGAUUGUCAAUGAUGAAAAAUUCACCCAAAGAUCAACAUACUAUGAUGAGUACUCAUGGAAUUAUUGGCACCAUAAUCUUCACUUUCACUACUAUCCAAGUUUUGGCAAUAUGUUUGCAGCCAGAUGAAGAAAAUGUAUACAGGAAAUAUUGGGUGAUAUACCAUAAUAUUUUAGGUUAUGCUUUGUUAAUCCUAACAAUUGUAAAUAUAUUUCAAGGAAUUGACAAGGUAGAAGAAAACCAUAGAUGGAAAUGGUCUUAUGUUGUACUUGUAAGUGUUAUGGGAUUGAUUGCUCUUGUUUUGGAACUUCUUCCAUGUUUUAAUAUGAUUAAAACCAAAAUUUUGAGGAUGUGAAUAAAUUCAAACACUUGUUGGCCAUUACUGCUUGAUACACACACAUCAAGGAGGAAGAAGCAAUGUUUCAGUUUAAAGGUUCUUUAA